AUGGACGCUUUCACCGCUAUCUUCAACAACUUCGCUGCUUCCGCCGCUCAAACCUCCGAGGCUCCUCGAGACAGCGAAAACCACCCAGGUGGACCUCUUGCUAUGUGUGUCAUUGCUUAA